UUUUAUGGUUUGUUUAUGAACUGUGAAUAAAGGAAUCAGAUUAAAACACAAACAAUGCUACCAAUACUUUUAUUGACAUUAAUUGGAUACGUCUACAGUCAGCAAAUGUGCGUGCACAACAACCAGGACAAACUAACAGCCGAUCAUGUGGUCACCCAGGUGGCCAACUACGCCGACCACGACAGAAAUGGCAAGAUCACCGUCUUCGAAAUCAUAUCUGAAUUUGUGUCGCGGUUUGACACGCAUCCGCACGAUAUGAAAAUAGAUCGUUAUGAGUUCAUCUACAAUUGGCAAUACCGAUUUCGUGAUGUUCCAGCAUUUGCUGAAUACUUAUUUCGCCAUCUUGAUCGUAACCAUGACAACAUAUUUGGUGCGGAAGACAUCACCCCGCUUUAUAGGUCUAUGGACGCUAACCACGAUGGGAGUGUAACAAAAGCAGAAUUUAGAAAAUGGUUUGAAAAGGUAAGUUUGUAUGAGGAUAUGGUUGGGGUGCAGAAAAACCUACCAUUCUAAUGAGCUUCAUAUUCAUGGUUCUAUAUGUAUGUAUGUAUGUAUAUAUGUCUCUGUGUGUGUAUGUAUAUAUAUAUAUAUAUAUAUAU